AAGAACAGAGAAGAAGAAAUGCACGGCUGACCCUCUCUGUUGUACAGUGAACACAGAGCAAACCAAACAGUGCAGGUGCCAUGCUGUAAGGGGUCACUGGGACCAAUGUUCAUGGUGAGGUGCAUUGUGGGAACAUCUGCAAAGUCUCUGAGACAACGGAUCAAACUGCAGAGCAGGAUGUCCACUCUGCCUCGCCCCUUGGCUGCUGUUUGCCAGGUGACAGCCACCCCGGACAAACAGGCCAACCUCUCUGCCUGCAAAGAGCUGGUGGAGGAAGCCAAGGCUCGAGGGGCCAGCAUGGUUUUCCUACCCGAGGCCUUCGACUACAUCGGAUCCAGUCGAGAGGAGACGCUGUCUCUAUCUGAGAGCCUGACGGGAGACACGAUGUCACAGUACACUCAGCUGGCCAGGAAGUUGGAAGUGUGGCUGUCUUUAGGAGGAUUUCACGAACGAGGACACGACUGGGAAUCUGACCGAAGAAUCUACAACAGUCACGUGAUAAUAAAUGAUAAAGGUGACAUCAUUUCAGUCUACAGGAAGUCCCAUUUGUUCGACGUGGAGCUGCCAGAAAAAGGCAUAUCCCUUAAAGAAAGCGCAUUCACCAUCCCGGGACCUUCGCUUGUAUCCCCGGUCCAAACUCCCAUCGGCAAAGUCGGACUUGGUAUCUGCUAUGACCUGAGAUUCCCCGAGUUAUCUCUGGCUCUACAAAGGUCCGGAGCUGACAUUCUGACUUACCCAUCAGCCUUCACUGUGGCUACAGGAGCCGCUCACUGGGAGGUGUUACUGCGUGCGCGGGCGAUCGAGACGCAGUGUUUCGUCUUGGCGGCGGCGCAGGUCGGCCGGCACCACGAGAAGCGCUCGUCGUACGGCCACGCCCUGGCGGUGGACCCCUGGGGGGAGGUGCUGGGGGACUGUGGGGAGAAGCCGGGGAUGAUGCUGGUGGAGAUCGACCUGGAGAAGGUGGCGAGCACCAGGAGGAACAUGCCGGUCCAACAGCAUCGCAGAGACAAGGACUUCUAUCAGAGUGUGGAGGAGACAUGAUGACAGGAGGAGAAAAUAAACUUUUCAUAAAUAAUAACAAGGGACACAUGGAGUCAUUUUGUACGUCAUGUGAGGAGUUGAUUCAUUGUAGCCAAAUGUUGAAAUCUUUCUUCUCAAUUUUUUUUUUUUUUGAUUUUCUGGCUUAACUUUCGAGUCAUCUCGUCAUCUCUGCUGCAGGUUCUCUUAUUUGCACAUACAAAAACAGUCCAAUCAAGAAAAGAUUGACAGGGUUUAUAUUCAAGACGAUACAAAAAAAAAAGUUUCAAAACAGCACAUACGUCCAGAUCGUUAAGUUGUGGGUGCUGGACAGAAAUACAAAAGAAAAAGGAACAUCAGAAGCUGCUCCAAAGUGCAUUUAAUGAAGUUUUAUCCCCACAUGUGACACACUGAUGAAGGGGCCAGGACCCAAAAUGUCACAACUGGUGAUAAACUUCAUUAAAUUCUGAACAAGGUAAUACUCCAAGUGGUCAAUAGAUGGUACUGUGGAGCUGAAACGAGAAAAUGGAAGCCCUCCUUUUAAAACAUUCCUGUUUCAUGUAGUUAAGUUAUGUGCCUGUAUAUUUGGUACUGAAUGUAUAUCUACAAAUUCAACUGUAAAGUUUUGUGUGACAUUACGUUUGUUAAAAUAAAAACUGUUGGAGAUUAAUAAAGAUUUAUAAAGAUGAUAAACUCACUCACACCGUAACAUCA